AUGUUAAAACAUAAAUAUAAGGAUUUGAUUAAUAUGAAUGUCAUCUAGGAGGAAGUGAAAAAUAGGUUGUUGACUUUUUAUUUAUAUUGGAUACUCUUAAUUUUUGUUUUUGGCCAUAAUAAGAUUAUGAAUAUGAAAAUUUAUCAUCUAUCAUAAAAGAUAGUUUAUAGAAAUAUCCUGAAUAAUUUAAAGCAUAAUCCAUAUUGA